AUGGCAACUCCACCUGGAAUCCAGGUCUCACCUUUUAUCUUCUUGUCAGCAGAACACUCACCUUCACCACCUGUGGUAGACACAGUGAAUGGCAAAAUUCUGGGAAAAUAUUUCAGCCUGAAAGGAUUUGCACAGCCUGUGUCAGUUUUCCUGGGAGUCCCUUUUGCCAAACCCCCUCUUGGAUCCCUGAGGUUUGCUCCUCCACAGCCUGCAGUACCAUGGGACUUUGUGAAGAACACCACCUCUUACCCUCCCAUGUGCUCCCAAGAUGCAGUGCAGGGAAAGCAGCUCUCAGAGCUAUUUACAAACAGAAUGGAGAAGAUUCCUCUGACAUUUUCUGAAGACUGUCUGUACCUAAACAUUUAUACUCCUGCCAACUUGAAGAAGAACAGCAGCCUGCCUGGGAUGGUGUGGAUCCAUGGAGGUGGUCUGUGGAUGGGGGGGGCAUCCACCUAUGAUGGACUGGCCCUUGCUGCCCAUGAGAACGUGGUGGUCGUGACCAUCCAGUAUUCCCUGAGCAUGGGGGAUUUUUACAGCACAGGGGAUGAACACAGCCUGGGAAACUGGGGUUUCUUGGACCAGGUGGCUGCAUUGCACUGGGUCCAGGACAACAUUGCCAACUUUGGAGGCAACCCAGACUCUGUGACAAUCUUUGGGGAGUCAGCAGGAGGUUCAAGUGUCUCUGUUCUUAUGUUAUCUCCACUGGCCAAGAACCUCUUCCAUAGGGCCAUUUCUGAGAGUGGUGUGGCCUUCAGUAUUGAUGUAAUUAGGAACAAUAUCAAGGCCAUAGCUGAGAAAAUUGCUGCUACUGCUGGAUGUGAAGCCACCAUAUCUGCUGUCAUGAUUCACUGUUUGCACCAGAAGACAGAGGAUGAGCUCUUGGAGACAAGCCAGAAAAUGGAAGUGCUUCAGAGGACAAGGUCAACCUUUGCAAGAUAGGGAUAAAAUUCUGGACCAAUUUUGCUUGGAAUGGUUGAGGCUGAUGGCAGAAAUGAAGCAGCAGUGGUGGGUACCAUGAGGUGUGGCAUACCUACUAAGAAAGAGUGGCUUCUACUAUUUGACUGUUCAAGACUAAUGAUCCUGUGACAAUAGCAUUGUGACAAUAAACACAAGGCUCUCCCAGGAGAUGGAGAGCUUCACAUAUCAUAAGGAACUCCCAUGGAGAGGGCCUGGCCCCCUGGCCAGAGUACAACCAGAAAGAGGAAGGAUACUUGCAGAUUGCCACCAUCCAGGCCGAGAAGCUGAAAGAAAACAGAGUGACUUCUUUUUUUUUUCCCAUUACAUUUAUUGGUACAUUUUUGGUAUAAAA